AACUGUUUUGGAAUUCUUCCAGUUCUGGUCUUCUGGAGAUCUUGAUUGUGCAAUUAUGAAGCUCCGUUGAUUUUAGAUCUUGGGUUCUACUUUUAGCCUUAGUUUGCAUGCUCUAUUCCGAUUAAAACUGCUUCCCUAUUAUGAGAGGUGUUCCAGAUUUUACGCCUCCUUGAAUUGGCACUUCAAAUAGAACAUUUAUGGUAUUAAAAAUGAAAAUUGAUGUGGUUGGCUUGUUACUAUCUAUCUCAUUGACACUACUCCUAAAGUUUCUUUGAUUGGUUUUUUGGAGUCUUUUUCUUUUCUGGGUCUAUGUAAUUCUGAUGACUUUGGUUUUGCUUAAUGUGUACUUUUUCCAAAGGCCAAAAAUUGAUGGCUCGUUUGUAGUUUGCUGCUUGCCUUCUGACAAUGUAGUUUGGAUUCAACUCUUUGCAGAACUUUUAUUGGUAGAAAUGGACCGCCGGAGUUGGCCAUGGAAGAAGAAGUCUUCAUCCGAGAAGGCAUCCAAAGCAGCGGCUGCAGCAGCUGAGUCUCUCGAUGCUGCUUUGGCUUCUGCUGAACCACAGGCGCAGGCAGUGAAGGACAACUACAAGAAACCGAAUUAUGUCCAAAUCUCAGUUGAAUCGUACACCCAUUUGACCGGUUUAGAGGAGCAAGUGAAAGGAUAUGAAGAACAAGUUCAAUCACUGGACGACGAGAUCAAUGACUUGAAUGAAAAGCUCUCUGCAGCUCAAUCAGAAAUGACCACAAAGGAGAACUUGGUGAAACAGCAUGCCAAGGUUGCUGAAGAAGCUGUCUGUGGCUGGGAGAAGGCUGAAGCAGAGGCAUUGGCGUUGAAGAACAGUCUAGAAGCAAUGACGCUCUCCAAGCUGACAGUCGAAGAUCGAGUAGCUCAUCUAGACGGUGCUCUCAAAGAAUGCAUGAGGGAAAUACGAAACCUCAAGGAAGACCAUGAGCAGAAAUUGCAGGAACUUGUUCUCACCAAGAACAAGCAAUGUGAAAAGAUUAGACUUGAUCUCGAAUCAAAGAUUGCUAAUUUGGAUCAGGAGCUGUUAAGGUCAGCAGCUGAGAAUGCAGCUUUAUCGAGGUCUUUGCAGGAGCGUGGCAACAUGUUGGUCAAGAUGAGCGAGGAGAAAUCACAGGCGGAGGCGGAGAUCGAGGUUCUCAAGGGGAAUAUAGAGUCUUGUGAGAGGGAGAUAAACUCGAUGAAGUAUGAAGUACAUGUGGUGUCGAAGGAGCUUGAGAUAAGGAAUGAAGAGAAGAACAUGAGCAUGAGGUCUGCUGAUGUGGCAAACAAGCAGCACAUGGAAGGUGUGAAGAAGAUAGUCAAGCUUGAAGCCGAAUGCCAGAGGCUACGGGGGCUCGUGAGGAAGAAACUGCCAGGUCCUGCUGCUCUGGCACAGAUGAAGCUUGAAGUCGAGAGCUUGGGCCGAGAUUAUGGGGAUUCGAGGUUAAAGCGGUCACCUGUCAAGCCUUCCAGCCCACACAUGUCACCUAUAACUGAAUUCUCUCUCGGGAAGGAGACCGAGUUCUUGACAGAACGGUUGUUUGCCACGGAAGAAGAGACCAAGAUGCUCAAAGAAGCUUUGGCUAAGCGUAACAGUGAGCUUCAGGCUUCGAGGAAUCUAUGUGCCAAAACAGCAAGCAGGCUUCAAAGCUUAGAAGCUCAACUUCAUAUGACCAAUCAGCAGAAAUCUGUGCCUAGCGUCACAUCCAUGUCAGAGGAUGGAAAUGAUGACGAUCGAAGCUGUGCUGACUCUUGGACCACAUCGAUGAUGUCGGAAAAGAAUGGUGAGAGAUCAUCGAUCAAGGCAGAGAGUGCUAAGAACAUCGAGCUCAUGGAUGACUUCCUCGAGAUGGAGAAGCUGGCUUGUUUGGAUCACCCUGGCAACAAGACUCCUGAGGUCUCUAAUGGCAUGUCUGAUGUGCCUAGUAGAGAAGCUGUCCCAGAAGAAGUCAACUCGGGCAAAAAUGAUGACAUGCAAUCAAAGAUAUUGGAGGAUGUUAAAACUGUAGAGUCUGAAAUGAGCCAAGACUUGGCUUCUGCAGUCUCUCAGAUACAUGAUUUCGUACUAUUGCUUCGGAAAGAAGCAAUUACGGUUGAUGGUGAUGAUGGGGAAGAACUAAGCAAGAAGAUCGAAGACCUAUCAUUAACCAUCAACAAAGUUCUGAACCAAGGUUCAAGCUUGGGCACCUUCAUUUUUGACCUGUCCCGAGUGCUGGACAAGGCGAGUGAGCUUCGGUUUAGUGUGAUGGGUUACAAAGGAAAUCAAUCUGAGAUCAGCAGCCCAGAUUGUAUCGACAAAGUUGCUCUGCCAGAGAACAAGAUUGUAACGGAUGAUGGACCAUACUCGUCAAUGAAUGGCCAUGUGUCAAGUGGCAGUCCAAAGUCGAACCCCGAGGUUCCAGAUGAUGGGAACUUGAUCCAGUGCAAAGUCUCAUUAGAGGAGUUUGAAGAACUGAAGUCGGAGAAGGACAACAUGGCUCUUGAUCUUGCUAGAUGUGGUGAAGAACUCGAAACCACGAAGCUUCGGUUGCAAGAAACAGACCAACUGCUUGAUGAAGUCAAAUUACAGCUGACUAAUGCUCAAAGGUCAAAUUCUUUGGCUGAGACUCAGUUGAAGUGCAUGGUGGAAUCGUAUAGAUCACUUGAGCUACGUGCUGAUGAGCUGGAAACUGAGGUCAAUGCUCUUAGAAUCAAGGCCGAAGGGUUAGAGAUAGAGCUUGAUACUGAGAAGAGAGCACACGAAGAUGCUUCGAGCAGAUGCAAGGAUCUUCAAGAACAACUUGAAAGGAACGAGAAUUGCCCAGUUUGUGCAGCAGCAGCAGCUGAGAUGGACGCUAAGCAAAAGCAGGAGAAAGACCUCUUCGCUGCAGCAGAGAAGCUAGCAGAAUGCCAAGAGACAAUAUUCUUGUUAGGCAAGCAACUAAACUCUCUACGCCCUCAGUCGACAGAGAACUCUGGUGAAAGAAGUCCGAGAGGUGGCGAUGGUUCUGCUGAGGAAGAACCACCAACAACAAGCGGCACAAACUUGCAAGUAGGAGGAGGAGGAGGAGGAGAAGAAGUGCUUGACACUGCAACUUCUCCUGCUCCUCGGUCUCCAGUGCAUUCCUUCAACAACCCAGGAAGGGAAAGCCCUGAUUUGGAAGCCGCCAACUUGUUGAGAUCACCGGUUAGCUCGAAGCAUCCGAACCACCGGCCAACCAAGUCGACCUCAUCGUCUACUUCAUCCACUCCAACACCAGAGAAGCCCGGGAGAGGAUUCAGCAGAUUCUUUUCCUCAAAAAGGGAAUAAGAAUGGGUAUCAGUAGAUCGAAAGUGCGAAUGGGGUGGCAGCUCGCAAUCUACUGCAUGAUUUGACGUUAUAAUGAUCAUGAUGAUAGUGAAGAAUGUGAUGAUGGUGACUAUAGAAUGGAGGGUUUGGAGAAGGGGGAGAGAAAAAGGUAAUUUUGUAACUAAUGACUCUGUCUGUGUCUGCUAUGUAUCUGUAUAUGGUAUCCAUAUGUGUGACUUCCUUUGCUGUUCUUUUUUUGGUGUUUACGUUUUGCAUUUAAACGUUGUUGAGUGAUGGAACAUGACACCCUUUUGAACAGUUUGUAUAUAUACUAUUAAGAAAGGUUGAUACUUUGCUGCUGUCUCAAUCCCCGGACGUUCAAUUUCGUUGUUUACUAUUCGAAACUAAGAUUGAGAAGAAGACGAAAACAUUAGAGAUCUCCCACUCGAACAACUGAAAAUAUAAUGGAAU